GCAAUUUUCCUAUCAGCAAUUUCCCAUUUCUUUGAUUAUUUCUCAAUUUCUCUUAUCUUUGAAGAAUUCCUUCAAAGAGAACCAAAUGGGUCUUUUAGGAACCGAUGGUUUUAUCAAUUGGGAGUCUGAGUCAUACCCAGUUGCCAGUGACUUCACGUUCGUUCCCUUCUUCGCCCUCUUCUUUCUUUCUGUUAGGCUUUUCCUUGACAAGUACAUUUUUGAGAGUUUAGCCAAAAGAUUGAUUUUUGGGAACUCAUAUGCAUCGGUGGAUGUUGGGAAACGUGCAAAUAGGAAGAAAAUUAAUAAAUUCAAGGAGUCAGCUUGGAAAUAUGUUUAUUUUCUUUCUGCAGAGCUUUUUGCUCUUUAUGUCUCAUAUCGUGAGCCCUGGUUCACUAAUACUAAGUAUUUUUGGGUGGGACCUGCAGAUCAAAUUUGGCCUGAUCAGAAACUUAAAUUGAAAUUGAAGGGACUUUACAUGUAUGUUGCUGGAUUCUACACGUACUCCAUAUUUGCUUUGGUUUUCUGGGAAACAAGACGUUCAGACUUUUUGAUUUCAAUGGCUCAUCAUGUGGCAUCGAUCAUUCUCAUUGUGAUGUCUUACAUAUUUAGAUUUGCUCGUGUUGGUUCAAUUAUUUUAGCCUUGCAUGAUGCAAGCGAUGGAUUCAUGGAAAUUGCAAAGAUAUCCAGAUAUAGUGGCUAUGAAUGGAUUUCUAGCAUUUUUUUCCUUGGGUUUGUUCUCUCUUGGACAAUACUUCGCAUCAUCUACUUUCCUUUCUGGGUACUGUGGAGUACAAGCUAUGAAGUCCUUUUGACCUUGGACAUGGAGAAGCACAUGGUGGAUGGACCUCUAUAUUAUUAUCUCUUUAACACACUUCUAUUCUCCUUGGUCGUAUUCAAUGUAUAUUGGUGGUCUUUGAUGGUUGGCAUGGUUGUGGAACAAAUCAAGGCAAGAGGCCGAGUCAGCAAAGAUGUUCGAUCAGAUUCUGAAGGUGAAGAGGAGCAUGAUGAUUGACCAUCAAAUAGACAAGUACCUAAUAACAGCUCAUGCCAAUGUAAUAUCAAAACAGAGAAUUACAGCUUCGCCACUUUGAUACAAGUAUUUUGCUCAAAUCUUCCAUGUUUUCUCUGUUAUCAUUGAUGUAUGUUGUCUUGUUCUCAUGCAGAUAGACCCUUACGAAAACAUGUUCAACUAUCUUCAUGCUUUUAUUUCCAUGUGUGAGCUGGUAUAUUGUAAGUUACUAUUGAUGAUAACAAACUAUGUUGAUUAAAGGGUGUUUGUGCAUGAUAGUAUGGGAUGUAUUAGGAGGUUGAGCAGAAAUAUAGUGAAUGGCAGAGAAAUGUCAUUUUUGGUUCAA